AUGGGGACGCUGUCCUUGGAUAUGUUAUUUUUUCGCCGACUAGAUCAAGUGGCCACGUAUUUCGUUGGUGUACUGCCGAGUCAAUUCUAUGUGGUUCUUGGGAACAGAGACCUGUCUGCAUUCCAUCUGUUGUGUGCAAAAGCCGGUGUCAUUGUGAUAGCAAAGUCUCUGUCGUUAGCGUCCAUCAAAUAUUUUACGUCUCUUCUCGCGAUUAAAUGCCGGGAGAUUUGUAGCUAUACGUUACAUAGAUUGUACUUCAAACGAAGAGCCUUUUACAAGUUGAAUUCAUUCUGUGAAAACUUGGACAACAUUGAUCAGCGACUUACCCAAGAUAUAGAGAAGACAACGCAAGUGUUAGCCUGUGAUCUGUUAGCUCCAGUCAUUACUGCCCCAUUCAUAAUCUUGUAUUACUCCUAUUUAACUUGGAUAAGUUCUGGAUGGCUGGGACCAUUUACAAUUUACCUAUAUUUUACAUUUGUUACUUUGGUAAAUCGUUACUUAAUCGCUCCUCUUGUUGGUCUAGUCAAUGAAACGGAAAGGAAAGAGGGCGAUUUCCGACAACGACAUAUGGAGGUGAGGUCGAAUGUGGAGUCGAUUGCAUUUUAUCAGUCAGGUCUUAUUGAAAACAUCAUGACCAAUCAAAAACUAAAAGCUUUGUUGAAAGUAAAGAGGAAGCUUGUUGAAUGGCGUUUCGUUCUUGGGAUAGUAACAAAUAUGUUUGACUAUUUCGGUGGCACGCUUUCAUAUUUGAUCAUCGGUAUUCCGAUAUUCAUGACUCAUGCAUAUGAUUCAUUAUCAGGCACCGAGAUCAAUGGAAUGGUGUCUAUGAAUGCGUUCUUCUACCUGUACCUGAUCUACAGUUUUACAAAUCUGAUAACGUUAUCAGAGAAACUUGGAGAUCUAGCUGGUGUCACGCACAGGGUAAUUGAACUUGUGGAGGAACUGCGUCGCUUGCACUCAGACUGUCUUGAGACGGAUCGACCUCCUUCUACCGUUCCUUCAAGUGUCGUUGUCAUAGGGACAGAUGAUGAAGAGAAAACUGUCACUAAAAGGACGAUUGAGGAACUUCACGGAAAGCAGCUAUCGCUAGAACGAGAUUGCGAUGAUGAAGAAGAAGCUCAAUUCCUUCUGGGCAACAAGUCCGAUCGUGAUGAGGAAUGGACGGACGAUGGUGUUGCGAUGACAAUUGAUUCAGCAUCACUCGCUCCUCCUAAUGAUGCUCAGAACUUCAUUAUUGCUAGCUUAUCACUGCAGCUAAUCCAAGGACAAAAUGUUUUGAUCACGGGAGAUAGUGGUGCUGGAAAGACUUCACUGCUGAGAAUGUUUGCAGGAUUGUGGAACAAUGUAUCUGGUAAGGUAGAUCGUCACUGGCGUCCACGACCGCAAAAUUUGUUGUUCGUACCUCAGAAGGCAUACUUCCCGUCUGGGGGUAUUACUCUAAGGCAGCAACUUGUUUAUCCUCUGAAAGCUCUUCCUGUGGAAAAAGAUUUGGCGCGGUUAUCGGAGAUCCUUGAGUGGGUGAAAAUGGAACACUUAAUGGAGAGGUGUCAAGGUUUCGAUUCACCUGUGGAUUGGGACUGGAAUGAGGCCCUUUCACCUGGUGAAUUGCAACGGCUGUCACUCGCACGGGUUUUCUAUACUAAACCUCGUAUUGUUUUUCUUGAUGAAGCUACAAGUGCAAUUGGAUUUGAAUUAGAAAUGCAGUUGUAUAGAAAGUUACAAGAAGAAAACAUUACAUAUGUAUCGGUUGGGCAUCGAUUUUCGCUAAAGCAAUUCCAUGAUAUGGAGUUAAGACUCCUGGGAAGAGGCGAAUGGUCGAUGUUCGACAUCGAUACAGCUUCGAUUGCUAGCCGAGCUGCCAGUAUCAUGGGUAAUGAUGGUGUACUCUCAAUGUAG